CAUCCUGGGAAGGCGACAAGUUUUCUAGUUUUGAAGUCCACCGCCACUCAGUACAAUGACACAAGCAGAAAUUAAACUGUGUUCACUGCUGCUGCAAGAGCACUUUGGAGAGAUCGUAGAGAAAAUCGGAGUCCAUCUCAUCAGAACUGGCAGCCAGCCACUAAGAGUGAUUGCCCAUGACACGGGAACCUCGAUGGAUCAGGUGAAAAAAGCCCUCUGUGUCCUCAUCCAACAUAACCUGGUGACAUACCAGGUGCACAAGCGUGGAGUGGUGGAGUACGAAGCCCAGUGCAGCCGGGUGGUGCGAAUGCUGAGGUAUCCCCGGUACAUUUACACUUCCAAAACGCUGUACAGUGACACGGGAGAGCUCAUCGUGGAGGAGCUGCUACUGAAUGGCAAAAUGACCAUGUCGGCCGUCGUGCAGAAAGUAGCAGACCGACUCACAGAGACUAUGGAAGAUGGCAAGACCAUGGACUGUGCUGAGGUCUCAAGCACGUUUGUGAGGCUGGCAGACACACACUUCAUUCAGCGCUGCCCCUUGGCACCUGCCGCCGAGAAUUCAGACCCUGGGCCGCCGCCGCCGGCCCCCACCCUUGUCAUUAAUGAAAAGGACAUGUACCUAGUUCCUAAGCUGAACUUGAUAGGGAAAGGUAAAAGGAGGCGAUCUUCUGAGGAAGAUGCUGCUGGGGAACCCAAGGCCAAGAGGCUGAGACAGACUGCAGCUAGCAAAGAGCCCAUACCAGAUGAUGGGAUUUAUUGGCAAGCCAACCUUGAUAGAUUCCACCAGCACUUCCGGGACCAAACCAUUGUGAGCGCAGUCGCCAACAGGAUGGACCAGACCAGCAGUGAGAUCGUGCGGACCAUGCUCCGGAUGAGUGAGAUCACCACGCCCUCGAGUGCUCCCUUCACCCAGCCCCUGUCUUCCAAUGAGAUCUUCAGAUCCCUACCUGUUGGCUACAACAUUUCAAAACAAGUUCUUGAUCAAUAUCUUACUCUGCUGGCAGAUGAUCCUCUAGAGUUUGUUGGAAAGUCUGGCGACAGUGGUGGAGGAAUGUAUGUCAUCAACCUCCACAAGGCCCUGGCAUCCCUAGCGACAGCCACGCUGGAGUCCGUUGUGCAGGAGAGAUUUGGGUCUCGCUGCGCUAGAAUAUUCCGGCUGGUUUUGCAAAAGAAGCACCUGGAACAGAAGCAGGUAGAAGACUUUGCAAUGAUUCCAGCAAAGGAGGCAAAGGAUAUGCUGUAUAAGAUGCUCUCAGAAAAUUUCAUUUCACUCCAGGAAAUUCCCAAAACGCCUGACCAUGCCCCCUCCAGGACCUUCUAUUUAUAUACUGUGAACAUCCUAUCAGCUGUCCGAAUGCUGCUGCACAGAUGCUACAAGAGCAUAGCCAACCUGAUAGAAAGGAGGCAGUUUGAAACCAAAGAGAACAAGCGUCUACUGGAGAAGUCUCAGAGAGUCGAAGCCAUCAUCGCCUCGAUGCAGGCCACGGGUGCGGAGGAGGAGCAGCUGCAAGAAAUCGAGGAGAUGAUCACGGCCCCUGAGCGCCAACAGCUGGAGACCCUGAAACGCAACGUCAACAAGUUGGAUGCCAGCGAGAUCCAGGUGGACGAGACCAUCUUCCCGCUGGAGUCAUACAUCGAGAGCACGGUGAAGAGACGGUGACCCCGGGGCUGCGUCUCCCUCCAGCGAGCCGGGAGGGCGGAAAAAUAAAGAUGGGGCCUGGUCGCAUCUG